UUGAACCCCUCUUUUGUUUUAGGCGCUGCAAAAACACAAUAGGGGCCUCAAUAUCUGCCUCUUCACUCCAAUCCGGCCCUUUUCUCUCUCCACCCGCGCAACACAAAGCCACCGCCGCCCCUUCUCCCUCUCUCUCCACCGCCCACCCCUUCUCUCUCUCCACACUUAAUAUUCUCGCUCUUCAAGCCCUCCCUUGAGGCCUGAAACCCUACAAGAGCUCGUGAAAGUGAUCAAAGGCAGCCUCUUGGCUCUCGACACCGAAACCGUUGCCCAAUUUAAAGCCCUUGAAAAGUGAAUUCAAGAUUCUGGACGUAUAAGCAUGGGUGUAAGUAUCCAUUUCCACAGGAUUCACUCCAGAGAUAGCAAGUCAAAGGAUAACAUGGGUUCCAAACAACCUCUAUUUUGCUUGAAAUGGCCAUGGGAUGGACAUCAGAAUCCUAACGCCCACAAUCACUGCAGCUUUGAGGCUCCAUGGCUAUUCAAGUCUUUGCAAAAUGUCACUGCCAUUGCUUUCAAUUUUUUUGACUCAAUUCCAAAAUCCCAACUUCCAUGGUACAAAUCCCCGGUUCAAUUAAAUGCUGGAAUCAGCCAAAGGAGCAGUUUGAAAACAACAAAGACCUUGACUUCUGAAGAACAAGGAGAGGCAGAGCAGAGAGCACUAGCCUCUGCUUUGGCAAGUGGGAAAGAGGCUACGGUGGUGGAGUUCUACUCGCCCAAGUGCAGGCUUUGCAAUUCCUUGCUUAAUUUCGUCUUGGAAGUAGAGGGUAGGAAUUCUGAUUGGCUCAGCAUUGUCAUGGUUGAUGCUGAAAAUGAGAAAUGGCAGCCUGAGCUUCUACAUUAUGACAUAAGAUAUGUUCCUUGCUUUGUACUGCUGGACAAAUACGGGAGGGCACUAGCAAAGACGGGGGUUCCAAGCAGUCGGUUACAUGUUGUAGCAGGUGUCUCUCAUCUUCUCAAAAUGAAGCGCCCACAGAAACAUCAAGGAUAGAUUUCGAAUUUAUGUUUUAGAUGGACAAUAAAAGACUAUUAUCAUGUGAGUUUUCAUGUGGGUAAUGUUUUUUGGAUCUCACAUUGAUUAGUCAGAAAACUAUAAGCAACUUAUUGGAAUGGGCAAAACCUUUGUUUCUUAGGCUUUAAAAUGCAACUUUUCACAGGCAA